AUGAGACCUGAAGUUCUGAGUUCGAUUUUGCAUAAAUGCUCCAAAACAAGAGCAUUUCGAUAUGGAUUUUCCCUUCAUGCUGUUGCCGUCAAGAUGGGUCUUGAAUCUAAUGUUAUCAUCUCGAAUCAUAUCCUCAAUAUGUAUGCAAAAUGCGGGAAGAUGGAAUUCGCUCGCCAAGUGUUCGAUGAUAUGCCUGAAAGAAACCUUGUGAGUUGGUCUGCUAUGAUUUCUGGUUACGAUCAGGCCGGAAAACCUUUACAGGCAAUCAAACUCUUCGCUCGUAUGAAAGUUGAUCUCCCAAAUGAGUUUGUGUUCGCUAGUGCUAUUAGUGCAUGUGCUAGCCUCUCAGCUGUUAAUAUAGGUAAACAAAUUCAUACAAAGUCAGUGAUUCUCGGCUACUCAAACAUUUCUUUUGUAUCUAAUUCACUUCUGUCAAUGUACAUGAAAUGCAAGCAGUGUAAUGAUGCAUUAUCAGUUUUUACAAAAAGUUCUGAACAACCAAAUACUGUUGCAUAUAAUGCUAUAAUUACGGGGUUAGUAGAAAACGAACAAGUUGAGAAAGCAUUUGAGAUGUUCAAACUUAUGAUCCAACAAGGUCUUAUUCCAAAUCAUUUCACUUUGGUACCUCUUUUAGGAAACUGUAGCACCACAGAUAACUUAAGGAUCGGAAUGGAAUUACAUUGUGAGGCAAUCAAGCUGAAUCUUGAUUCCAUUCCUUUUGUUGGCAAUGUGCUUAUUAAAAUGUACUCAAAGUUUACUCUAAUCGAAGAAGCCGAGAAGAUCUUUUGGUCAAUUAAGGAAAAAGAUAUGAUUUCAUGGAACACAUUCAUCACAGCAUGUAAUCAUGCCCUUGAUCAUGCCAAGGGUAUAAUCGUCUUUAAGAACAUGAUAGAAACAUAUAGUUCAAUCCCAGAUGAGUUCACGUACACGAGUGCCCUUUCUUCAUGCUCUGGGCUUACAUCAUCUCUUUUAGGGAGACAAAUUCAUGGAAAUUUAAUCAGAACAAGAUUUAUCAACCAUGAUAUAGAUAUAGGAAUUGCUAAUGCACUUAUAAACAUGUAUGCAAAAUGUGGUUCUAUAAGAUACGCAGUGACUUAUUUUAACCAAAUGAGGUUCCAUAAUCUUGUUUCCUGGAAUACCCUCAUGGCAGGAUUUGCAAACCAUGGAUUAGGGAAAGAAGCAAUGGGAUUGUUUAAACAAAUGAAGGGUUUACACAUAGAACCUGAUUCUGUCACAUUUGUUGCACUUUUAGCAGCUUUGAAUCACACAGGAUUAGUCAAUGAGGGUAAGUUUUACUUCAAUGAGAUGAUGAAAACUUAUGGGAUUACUCCCAAUGUGGAGCAUGUUUCUUGUAUUGUUGACUUACUUGGGAGAUCAAGAAGGGUAAAAGAGGCAGAAGAGUAUAUGGAAAGAUUUUGUUUUGAAGAUGAUCCUGUUGUUCUUGGGUGUUUAUUGUCUGCUUGUCGUGUACAUGGUGAUCUUGUUAUUGGGAAAAGGACAGGUGAACGUUUGUUGAAGAUUCAAGAAAUUUCUAGUUCGCCUUUUGUGUUGUUGUCUAAUUUAUAUGCUUCAGAGAGCAUGUGGGAAGGUGUUGCAGAUGCAAGAAAACAGUUGAAAGAUAGUUUGUUGAAGAAGGAGGUUGGACAUAGUUUGAUUGAAGUUAAAGGGUGUGUUGAGAAGUUUACUGUUGGAAGAAUUUGUCAUUCGAGAAUUGAAGAGAUUUUGGGUGUGCUUAAAGUUUUGAGCUUUUUAGAUCAUGACUAUUCUUGGUGUUACUAA